AUGAAGAGCAAUCGGGGGCGCAAGGGCGGAGGGGGCUCCAAGGAGCCCGGCGCCGGACUCAAGUACAGCUCGCGGCCGGAGAGCAUGCAUGCCUUUGAGGAAGGCCUGGAGUUCCUGCCGGUCAACAACACCAAGAAGGUGGAGAAAGGAGGCCUCAGGCCCUGGGUGGUGCCCGUGGUUGUGCUUGUGAUCCUGCUGGUCUCUCUCACGGCUGGUUUCCUGGUGUGGCACUUCAAGUACCGGGACGUGCGGAUCCAGAAGGUCUUCAAUGGCUACCUGAGGGUCACCAACGAGAACUUUCUGGACGCCUACGAGAACCCGAACUCCACCGAAUUCGCAGAGCUGGCCGGCAAAGUGAAGGAGGCGCUGAAGCAACUGUACAGCGAGAUAUCCGUCCUGGGGCCCUACUACAAGGACUCCACAGUGACUGCCUUCAGCGAGGGCAGCGUCAUCGCCUACUACUGGUCGGAGUUCAGCAUCCCCAGCCACCGGGUGGAGGAGGCCGAGCGCGUGAUGGCCGAGGAGCGCACCAUCCGCCUGCCGCCCCGCGCCCGCACCCUGAGCUCCUUCCUGCUGACCUCGGUGGUGGCCUUCCCCACUGACCCCAGGACAGUGCAGACCGCCCAGGACAACAGGUGCAGGUUCGCCCUGCACGCCCGAUGGGGAGAGCAGACCCGCUUCACCACGCCCGGCUUUCCUGACAGCCCCUACCCGGCCUUCGCCCGCUGCCAAUGGACCCUGCGGGGCGAUGCCAACUCCGUGCUGAGCCUCACCUUCCGGAGCUUUGACGUCGCGCCCUGUGACCUCCCUGGCAACGACCUGGUCAUGGUGUAUGACACCCUGAGCCCCGUGGAGCCCCGCAAGGUGGCCCAGCUGUGUGGCACCUACCCUGCCUCCUACAACUUGACCUUCAUCUCCUCCCAGAACGUCCUGCUUGUCACGCUGAUCACCAACACGGAGCGGCGACACCCUGGCUUCGAAGCCGUGUUCUUCCAGAUGCCCAAGAUGAGCAGCUGUGGAGGCUACUUAAAUGACGCCCGCGGGACAUUCAGCACCCCCUACUACCCGGGCCACUACCCUCCCAACAUCAACUGCACCUGGGAAAUCGAGGUGCCCCACAACCGGAACGUGAAGGUGUCCUUCAAAGUCUUCUACCUAUUGGAGCCCAACAUACCCCUGGGCACGUGCCCCAAGGACUUCGUGGAAGUCAACGGGGAGAAGUUCUGCGGAGAGAGGCCCCAGUUUAUGGUCGCCAGCAAGAGCAGCAGGAUGACGGUGCGCUUCCACUCAGACCAGUCCUACACCGACACGGGCUUCCUGGCCGAGUACCUGUCCUACGACUCCAGUGACCCGUGCCCCGGGAAGUUCAUGUGCAACACUGGCCGCUGCAUCGGGAACGAGCUGCGCUGCGACGGCUGGGCCGACUGCGCCGACCACAGCGACGAGCUGGACUGCCAAUGCAACGCCACCUACCAGUUCACGUGCAAGAACAAGUUCUGCAAGCCCCUCUUCUGGGUGUGCGACACCGUGAACGAUUGUGGGGACAACAGCGACGAGCUGGACUGCAGUUGUCCGGAUAAGACCUUCAGGUGCCGCAACGGGAAAUGCAUCCCCGAGAGCCAGCGGUGCGACGGGAAGGACAGCUGUGGGGACGGGUCCGAUGAGGCCAAGUGCAGCGGCGGGGCUGUCGUCACCUGCACCAAGCACACCUACCGCUGCCACAACGGGCUCUGCUUGAGCAAGACCAACCCCGAGUGUGACGGCAAGAAGGACUGCAGCGACGGCUCGGAUGAGAAGAACUGCGACUGUGGGCUGCGGGCCUUCAGCAGGCAGUCCCGGGUGGUCGGCGGGAAGGACGCGGAAGAAGGCGAGUGGCCCUGGCAGGUGAGCCUGCACGCGCUGGGCCAGGGCCACCUGUGCGGGGCCUCGCUCAUCUCCCCCAGCUGGAUGGUGUCCGCCGCGCACUGCUUCGCCGACGACCGAGGAUUCAAGUACUCCGACCACAGCAUGUGGAAGGCCUACCUGGGCCUCCACGACCAGAGCAAGCGCAGCGACUCGGGGGUGCAGGAGCGCGGCCUGAAGCGCAUCAUCAGCCACCCUUCCUUCAACGACUUCACCUUCGACUACGACAUCGCGCUGCUGGAGCUGGAGCGGCCGGUGGAAUACAGCAACACGGUGCGGCCCAUCUGCCUGCCCGACACCUCGCACGACUUCCCCACGGGCAAGGCCAUCUGGGUCACCGGCUGGGGCCACACCUACGAGGGAGGCUCUGUGGUGCUGAUCCUGCAGAAGGGCGAGAUCCGUAUCAUCAACCAGACGACCUGCGAGAAGCUGCUGCCCCAGCAGAUCACCCCCCGCAUGAUGUGCGUGGGCUACCUGAGUGGGGGCGUGGACGCCUGCCAGGGCGAUUCCGGGGGCCCCCUGUCCAGCGUGGAGUCGGACGGGCGCAUCUUCCAGGCCGGCGUGGUGAGCUGGGGCGAAGGCUGCGCCCAGAGGGACAAGCCCGGCGUGUACACGAGGCUCCCUAUUUUCCGGGACUGGAUUAAAGAACAGACCGGGGUGUAG